AUGGUUAUGGGGCACAUGAGGGAAAGAAGAUGGAAGAUGAAGGAUACAGAAGUUAUAAAGGGCCACCCAACACCAUCAGAUACAAGUACAGACUGCAGUGGUGACACUGAGAGUGUAGAGUCAAGUAGCUCUGGGGAUUCUUCACCUCCAUCAACAAAAAAAGUUCAAAUGUAUGCAGACUACUUUCAUCCAGGUCAGUUUACAGUGUAAUUUCCAUACAUUCAGAUACCAAGUUUCCAUAUAACCUGAGCAGGCAGAAAAUGAUAUUCAAUGUCACCCUGACCCACUGGAAGCUUCAAUUACUUGUACUGAGGAUGGAUGAAGUUUCAUCUGAAACAUCUUUGCAUUAAAAAUGGUGUGACCUUCUAAUUAAAAAAUAGCAUCAGGUACUCAUUGUAACAAAUCAAAACUUUGUUGUAUUGAUUUAUUUUAACUUUUCAUUGUAGAUAUGACUCAAGGAAGUUGUGAUGUUGUAGUCCUGACAUUUCUUCAGAAAAACAGCAUCCAGGACAUCCAGCUAGUUAAAUACUUGACACCAUCGAAGAAAUUAUUCAAGCUAACCUAA